CCAUUCUACUUUCAUGCAAAGUCUCCAUCCAACACCAUGAUGAAAGGAGACUUUGAGGUAGUGCACGGUGCCAUUAACUUGGUCCAACCCAGCGAGACCUGGGACUACACCCCAGCCGGGUUCCCGGUCCCCCAUCACAUCUCCAAUCCCCCGACGUCCCCGACGGCCAGGCCGGUGCUCGAUGGCCACUGCACCAACACCGACCUCUCAGACUUGAUCAUGGAGCAAGUUGCAAGUCCCUUCUCCGAAGCCUCCCCUAGCACCACUAAUGGCUUCCCGAUGGACACUAGUGCUUUACCCACAGACAAUAUCACCACGUCACCAGAUGAGUAUCGGUCCCGAAAGGCUCCAAGACGAGUCUACGAGAGAACCGUGUGCGGCAGUGGCGAGAGUCGAAGCAGCAGCAAAAGCUUGGCCGAAAGAGAUCAUGAGCACGGGUUGAACAUGAUAACACUUUUGUUGGAGUGUGCGGUGGCCAUAUCUACGGAGAACCUGCCCCAGGCCAACAGGAUGCUGCUUGAGUUGACGCAAAUGGCUUCCCCUUACUCGGCUUCCUGUGCUGAGAGAGUCGUGGCCUACUUCACCAAGGCCAUGGCCUCUAGGGUCAUGAACUCAUGGCUCGGGUUCUGCUCCCCUUUAGUGCCCCACAAGAGCAUCCUUUCGGCCUUCCAGGCCUUCAACAACAUCUCCCCUUUCAUUAAAUUCGCACACUUCACAGCCAACCAAGCAAUUCUCGAGGCCUUACACCAGAAAGAGAGGGUCCACAUCAUCGAUCUCGACAUCAUGCAAGGCCUCCAAUGGCCCGCCCUCUUCCACAUCCUCGCAACGAGGGCCGACGGCCCUCCCCAUGUGAGGAUGACCGGUCUCGGCACAUCCAUGGCCAUGCUCGAGGAGACCGGCAGGCAGCUCUCCAACUUUGCGAGGAGGCUCGGGAUGUCAUUUGAAUUCCACCCCAUCGCGAAGCGGGCUGGAGAUGUGGACCCAUCCAUGGUCCCGAGCCAGAGGGGGGAGGCCGUGGCCGUCCAUUGGCUGCAACAUGCAUUGUACGACGCCACCGGGCCGGAUCGCAACACCAUGAGGCUGCUGGAGCUGUUGGCCCCCAGGGUGAUCACCUUGGUGGAGCAAGAGAUGGCACACACCGGCUCGUUUCUGGAUCGGUUUGUGGAGUCGCUCCACUACUACUCCGCGGUCUUUGAUUCGUUGGGCAUGUCGUUGCCAUUCGAUAACCCGGGCCGGCACCGGGUGGAGCAUGGGCUCCUGUCGAGGGAGAUCAACAAUAUACUGGCGAUCGGAGGCCCGGCUCGAAGUGGGGAGGAGAAGUUUGUGAGUUGGCGAAUGGAGCUAGCUUGCCGAGGGUUCGUGCAGAUGCCCAUGAGCGGCAACUCCAUGGCACAGGCUCAGCUCAUCCUUAACAUGUUUCCACCUUCCUUAGGGUACACCAUCUUUCAAGGAGAUGGCACCCUCAGGCUUGGAUGGAAGGAAACCAGAUUGUACACCGCGUCGGCUUGGACAACUCGUCCGACCCGAUAAUAGUAGCCUGUGCUAGUUAGUUUCUGAUAAUGGGCCUCCUCUUCAUAUGGAAUCCCAAUCCUUU